AUGGACAGUGGUUCAGUCAUUAGUAUCGACAGUGGCUCUGCUGUCAAUGUCGAGGAGAGGGCUGAUCAGAUCUAUGGACAAAUUGGAUCAGCAAACUUUGAGAAGGGCGCAACAUUGAAUGGUUUGAUUCAAUCUGAUUCAGCCCUCUCCAUUCUCCGCAAUCCAUUGUUCACACUUGGCAGUGGAGCAGUUGUCACUCUAACUGGAGGCAAUGUCAAUCUGUCACCAGAGAAUGUCAGAGCAACUAUAUUGCCACAGAUGACCUUCAACUUUGUAUCUGUAAACAAUAUCUUAUUGAAUGGCACUGGUGAUCAAACCAACUUGGUGUUAAGCAAUCAGGACCCAUCCACAAAUAAUGGUGUGUCACUAUCUAUCCUUAAAUCAGGACAACAGAUCUCUUCAAUAACGAUGACCGGCAACCUCACACUCCACCUCCUUGGCCAGUUCUCUGUUGGUAGUAUCCAACAGCUUAGAUGUAAUAACACGUCAUCGAUCACCACCUCAGUUGUAGUUGAUAGUGGAUCAUCAAUCACAAUGAAUCAGUUGUCAUCUUGUGGCAAUGUGACCAUUUCAGGAGCCAGCACACUUUCCUUGGAGAGCCCAACUGAUCCAACAGCGUUGUACUCUCAAGAGAUAUUUGUUCAGGACUCAUCCACAUUCUAUCUCAACGGCCUGUUCACUUUGAAUAGCAACGUCCACAUCACAACUGGAUCCAAGAUGAUGGUGGUUGGCAAGACAUUCAUGUAUGACUCUAUCCCCAACUUCAUGACACUCACUGUGGACGCCAGCAGCAAGAUCGAGUUCAAGGACCCAAGACCCUUCCCCUACUCCAUGCCCCUACUAUCCUUCAAUGCCUCGCGCUUCUUGUUCUAUGGCCAGGCUGAAGUGACCUUCUCCCAAGCACAUCCAGCCAAUCAACGUUAUGAAGUCUUUGAAUAUUAUCUGCUUGCCGCUGAAAGUCCAUUCACUCUGAACCUCCCCAGCAAGGUGUCCGCCCCAUCCCUGUCAUUCCCAACCAAGAUGAGAGAGGACUACGCCAUCAACAGUCCAACCAGUGCCACAAUGACCAUUGAGAUCUAUGUACUAUCACUCGGAGCCGUCAUUGGUAUAAUCGUUGGAUGUUCAAUGUUUGUUGUGAUCGUCAUUGCAGGUGUUGGCUUCUACGUCUACAGAUCAAGGAAGAACAAACAAGGCUAUGCCCUUAUCAACUUUGAGGAUGACAAAUAA